GGAUCCUUUAUAUACCGUGGACCGCCAUCUUGCGCCCGAUCUCUCCUUUGUGCUUUCAGUCUGGAGGUAGAGCUUUUUUCCCUUCUCUCUUUGUCGACGCUAGUUUGAGCUGACUUUAGAACUUUCAUCAUGAAGAUCUUCAGGGACGUUAUCUCUGGCGAUGAGCUAUUCAGCGAUACUUUCCCAAUGAAAUUGGUGGACGAUCUCUAUUACGAGGUCGAGGGAAAGACUGUCACCGAAAGCAGUGAGUUGGAUGAUUCCCUCUUCGGUGGUAAUGCCUCUGCUGAGGGUGCUGAUGAGGGUGCUGGUGCUGAUGGAACCGUUGCUUCUACUGGAAUCAACGUUGUGAUGUCUCACCGUCUUUCUGAGACUGUCUUCACGAAGAAGUCCUAUCAGCUGCAUAUUAAGGAAUACAUGAAGGCCAUCAAGGCACACCUGGCUACUGAGACCCCAGCCCGUGUUGACACGUUCGUCAAGGGCAUGCCUGCCGUUAUCAAGAAGUUCUUGGGCCAGUUCGACAACUUCCAGUUCUUUAAUGGCGAGUCAAUGAACCCCGACGGCAUGGCCAUCCUGAUGAACUACCGUGAGGAUGGUAUCACCCCAUUCUUCGUCUUCUUCAAGGAUGGUUUGGUCGAGGAGAAAUGCUAAAACCAAGAUUCUACCGACAUCUGCCAUUAUACUGCAGCAACGUACACGUGCAACAUCACUGCGCCAGGUUAUGCUGCCUGCUAGUCGAUUUUAUCAUUGCGUUGGUCACUAAGCACGGACACGCGCACGCUGCAGCAGCGAGUGUGUAUGUGCCUAUAUACUCGCCGUUGCAACAACAACCGCCACUCUGCUCUUGCUGCUGUCUUUCUGACGUGCCCUGCGCGUCGUCCCCAAUGCCCAUCGCCCUAUGGGAUCGCUGCUAGAUCACUGACUUGUUUGGUGACUGCAGCUUUGAGGAGAGACUCCCAGUGUACAUGUUACAUCUGUACUUGAUUUUUUUAAACUCUGCUGCUCUGGUGGUUGUUUGUCCUGAAAGUGUGCUGCUGCUGCUGUGCACCUUCCCCAAGUGAUAUUCGACAACAAGCAUUAUUAUUCUCUGCGCUGCUACUGUGUACGAGCUCUUUCAUACUGACUGUACACACCUCCAUCAGAUCUGACACUCGGUAUUUUCCAUCGACAACUCAA